AUGCUAAAAAUACUCAGCUUACGUUCGUCUAUCCAGAGAGCUGCCUCCACGAGACAACUGGUUUACGAAGGAUAUGGAAACCCGCCAGAGGCAAUUCAGUUGAAAUCUGUCAAUAUCGCAGAAAACCCAGCUGCUGGCGAAGUGCUUGUCAAAUGGAUUGCAGCGCCCGUCAACCCAGCAGAUUUGAAUCAAAUUCAAGGUGUAUAUCCUGUCAAACCAACUCUGCCAGCAGUUGGUGGAAAUGAAGGUUUUGGGAAGGUGAUCAGUGUAGGAUCCAAUGUCACUUCUGUGAAAGAAGGAGAUCACGUAAUUCCGAACAAAUCUGGAUUAGGAACAUGGCGAGAACUUGCUCGUCAUUCGGAAUCUGAUGUUUUUCAAAUUGAUCAAAAUCUUCCAUUAGAAUAUGCAUCAGUUUUUCAAGUGAAUCCUCCAACUGCAUACCGAAUGCUGAAAGACUUUAUCAAUUUGAAGAAAGGCGAUACAGUUGUGCAAAAUGGAGCAAAUUCUGCAGUCGGAAAGCACGUCAUUCAGAUUUGUCGUAUACUUGGAUUCAAAUCGGUCAAUGUCGUGAGAAAUCGAGAUAAUUUGGAUGAGCUGGUUAAAGAAUUGAAGAAUCUUGGAGCAGAUGACGUGAUAACCCAAGAAGAGUUAUAUGGCAGGAAGAAGAAAUUUCCAGGUGUGAAACUGGCAUUAAAUUGCGUUGGAGGAAGAAGCUCACUCUUCUUAGCAAGCCUUCUUGAUCAUGGAGGCUGUAUGGUGACUUAUGGAGGAAUGAGCAAACAACCAGUAGAUUGCCCGACUGGACCACUUAUUUUCAAGGAUAUCUCCCUGCGAGGAUUCUGGAUGUCUCGAUGGUAUGAUAUACAGAAAACACCAGAGAAGAGACAAGAUAUGUACAAAGAGCUAGCCGAAUGGAUGAAAAGUGGUGAAAUCGUGAAGCAAGAAUUCGUGAAUAAUCGGCUGGAUGAUCAUGUCAAGGCUAUCGAGAAUGCACAAAACAAGCACGACAAAAAACAACUUUUCCUUCUUGACUGA